AUGGAUGCUGUCGGUGGUGAACAAUGGAAACGGUGGUCUCGACAUUCAAAUGUUGAUAUCGAAGAUGCAAACGAUAUUAUCAGUGGUUAUCAAUGGAAAUAUUUAGUAUCUCAUCUGCAAACAUUCGAUUUUCGUUUUUAUCUCUCACAUAAAUCUGACGAGAAGAUUCUUGAUUCAUUUCGAUCAUCAUUUUGGCUCGAACAGAAACAAUGCACUGGGUCAGAUGAUCAACAAACACUGAUUGAUAAUCAAUUAGCUUUUCGUCGAAUAAAAUUGCGUCCUAAAGUCCUUAUUGACGUAUCAUCACAUUCCAUGGUAGAUUCUAUAAAUUGUAAGAUACAACUCUUCAAUUCUACAACAAUUUCAUUCCCAUGUAUUAUUGCUCCUACAUCUUUGCAUCGACUAGCGAACACUGAACAUGGAGAACUGGCAACCGUUCGAGCAGCUGUUGCUUCUUCAACAAUCAUGUGCGUUAGUACUGGUGCGUCAACAUCCAUGGAAUUAAUUGCCGAUGAACAUCGACGCUACAUUAAAGAAAAGUAUCCUCAAAGUUAUUCGCAACUCUGGUACCAAUUAUAUGUAACAAAAAAUCGACAAUUUUCAAAAAAGUUACUCGAACGAGCUGAAAGGUGUGGUUAUACAGCUUUAGUACUUACAGUGGACGUGUGUGAAAUAGGUAACAGAGAAUGUGAUAUUCAUAAUCAUUUUUCGUUACCCGAUGGUAUACAUGCUGAAAAUAUAAGGGAUGAGGAUAAUACGAUAGCGAAAACUUAUCGACAACUCCAAAUUGAUCCAUCAUUAUCAUGGAAAGAUCUUGAUUGGAUAAGGUCAAUUACAUCGUUGCCUGUCAUUCUUAAAGGCAUUAUGCAUCCAGAUGAUGCUCGUGAAGCAGUUAGAUAUGAUGUACAAGGAAUUAUUGUAUCAAAUCAUGGUGGACGGCAGUUGGAUACAUGUCAAAGUACAAUUGAUGCUUUACCAGCUAUCAUGGCAGCUAUUACUGACAGCAAUUGCCAAAUGGAUGUCUAUAUUGAUGGAGGUAUAAGACGAGGAACAGAUAUCUUGAAAGCUCUAGCAUUGGGAGCACGAGCAGUGCUUAUUGGACGCCCUGUAUUAUGGGGUUUGGCGGUAGAUGGAGAGCAAGGUGUGACAAAUGUAUUGACAAUAUUAAAACAAGAAUUUCGUGUGGCUAUGAAGCUAUGCGGAUGUCAAAAUGUCGAAGAUAUUAGAAAAAAUAAUCUUUUAGUGAUGAAUGACAAUAAUAGAUCAAAAUUAUAA